GUGCUUUUCAUUCCUUGGUAUAAUUAAAUUAUUAAUUAUGCCUAAGCUUGUUGGCCAUGGUGGAACUUCUUCUUCUUCUGCUAAACUAGAUCGAAAAACUAUGGAGAAAAAUAGAAGAAGUCAUAUGAAAUCUCUCUGUUCUAACCUUUUUAAUCUUGUUCCUCCCUCUCAUUUCAAAAUCCCUAAGGAAUUGAUAUCACAACAAAAUCAAAUUUGUCAUGUAAUUGCGUACAUAAAUGAAUUGAAAGAAAGAGUGGAGAAUUUGGAAAAAAGGAAACAAGCUUUACGAUUACAAACUCAUUCUUCACAUAUUCACGAUCAAGCCAAUAACAAUAAUGAUGUUACAUUGCCUAUAAUUGAGAUAAACGACUUAGGUAAUGACAUUGUUCACAUAAUGCUCAUUAGUAGCGUCAAUAGAAGCUUCAUGCUCCACCAAAUUAUUAGUGUCAUUGAAGAGGAAGGUGGCCAAGUCGUCAAUGCUGGCUUAUCCACAAUCGGGAACAAAGUCUUUCACUCACUCCACAUUGAAGCUAAGAUCUCGAGAAUUGGAAUAGAGACUUCAAGAGUAAAACGACGAUUGGUGAAUUUGGUAUACCAAAAUCAAAACUAAAUUAAAAAAUCCAGAAAGAUAAGUAUAAGAGAGUUGAAAAUGUUAAGAUUUUGUUUUUAUUUUAUGGUGGUCCAAUUCGUGAAUUGUGGUAUAACUUUUUAAGAACAACAUAUAAAUUAUUUAUUGUUACUAUAAAUUAUAUAUCAUAAAAGGGGGAAUAAUAUUGUCCCCGAAUGAGUCGACGACAAGUGUACUUUAGUCUUGUAGCAAGUAAAAGCAAAUAAUAAUUUUUCUAUUUUAUUUGGCCACAAAUUAUUAGGGCAAGAAGUCAUUUUUUAGUUGUAUUGGAUAUAUCGAAACUUUACUAGAUUUUGUGAGAGAAGAAUAAUGGAGAGAGAAACUAAGAUUUCGUCGAAUAAAAAUUU